CCCUCUCCAGCACUGCAUUUGUCGCUCACAUGUGUCGGUUGUGCUGUUAGCAUAUUUUACCCAUAUUUAUUCAAAGUAUUUAUUAAAACUUGGCCCAAAAUGAUUGUGUCGACUAAUAAAAGCAAUCCGAAUGCCCUGAAAUUGUUAAUUGGAGGAGAAAUCAGUGGAAAUUCUGUUGACGUAAGAAUUGUCCCGACCAAUGAUAGUCCUCUGGGUCGUCUGCCCACUCUAAAAUUGCCCAAUGGAAUAACCUUGAUAAGCUCCAACGCAGCAUUGCAGUAUCUAGUGCCAGGGGAUGAACAACAAGAUGUUCUUGUGAAUAAAUGGCUUGAAUGGGACUCGACGCAACUGCAGCCAGCAGUGGUCUCCUACGGGAGUUCCGGCUCCCUCGACACGUCCCACAAGCCGCGAAUCUGGUCGCUCCUAACCCAGCUAAACACCUCCCUAAAGUCCCAAAAGUACGUAAUAACCGCCUCCCCAACCUCCGCGGACAUCGCCAUCUUCUCCACCCUCUGGUGCACCAUCACCGUGACAGAGAUCUCAAAGGAGCUCUCCACCGAGUUCCCCCACGUGGACCGAUGGCUGAAAGACCUUGAGGCCCUCCCAGCGAUGCAGUCCCCCCUCUCGAAACUCCCCCUCCUCGACCUCGAGCGCGGCCUCAAGUCCAUCUCCAGCCUCCACACAUCCACCUGGUUUCCCCUCAACUCCUACACCGGCGUCCGCAGCCAAAAGCCCCCCCAAGACGUGAAUACCCCAUCGUCCCCCACCAAAGAGCCAGAAACAGCGAUAACCAAACACGAGCUCGAGACCUCGAGGAACAACUGGUCGAGCCCUGCGCACCCCUCGAUAAAGCCCCCGACAUACCCAGUCCUUCCAAAGCAAAACGAGCGAAAUAUCUUAAUCACAUCGGCCCUUCCCUACGUCAACAAUGUCCCCCACCUAGGCAAUAUUAUUGGCUGCGUCCUGUCAGCAGACGUCUUCGCGCGUUACUGCCGGCAACGUGACUACAACACCCUCUACAUAAGCGGAACCGACGAGUACGGAACAGCGACCGAAGCCAAAGCCCUCGAAGAAAACAUGACGCCCCAAGAGAUCUGCGACAAAUACUUUGGCAUUCAUAACGACAUCUACCGCUGGUUCAACAUUGGUUUCGAUUACUUCGGGAGGACAACAACACCCGAACAAACCGAGAUCGUCCAGGAGUCGUUUCUCCGCAUCAAAUCCCAAGGAUACAUAAUAACUGAGAGCGUUGAUCAGCUUCUCUGCGAACACUGUGAUCGUUUUCUCGCCGACAGGUUCGUGGAGGGUACCUGCCCUGGGUGUAAAUACGAGGACGCCAGGGGUGAUCAGUGCGACGGCUGCGGCCACCUUGUCAACGCCACUGAUUUGAUAAACCCCAGGUGCAAAGUUUGCUCGAAAACGCCAGUGAUAAAAGCAUCCAAUCAGUUUUUCCUGGAUCUGCCCAAGAUUCAGCCGAACCUCAAGGAAUGGGCCUCCAAAGCCGAGAAAUUUUGGUCGAAUGUGGCUAGGGCUGUGACGAGGCCCUGGCUGAGAGAUGGGUUGAAACAGAGGUGCAUCACGAGAGACUUAAAAUGGGGGAUUCCAGUUCCCCUCGAGGGAUUCAGGGACAAAGUCUUUUACGUCUGGUUUGACGCACCACUGGGAUACAUCAGCAUCACCAAGAGGUAUACUCAGGAGUACGAGAGAUGGUGGAAACCCAGGGAAGACACCAAAGUCGAUCUGUACCAGUUCAUGGCCAAGGACAAUGUUCCCUUCCACGCCAUCAUGUUUCCUGCCACAUUGCUCGCUGCUGAUCAGGGCCACACGCUUGUAAAGCACAUCAUGGCUACGGAAUAUCUCAACUACGAGGACACAAAGUUCUCAAAGUCCCGGGGAAUCGGGGUCUUCGGUACUGACGCCAGGGAGACGGGAAUUCCCGCUGAUGUCUGGAGAUUCUACCUGACGUACAUCAGGCCUGAGAGCCAGGACUCAAACUUCAACUGGGUGGAUCUUGCCACCAAGAAUAAUUCCGAGCUACUGAACAAUUUUGGUAAUUUUGUCAAUCGGGCGUUGACAUUCGCUGUGAAGAACUUCAAGGGAGUUGUUCCAGAGAUGGAGAUUAGGGAGGAAGAUCUUCAGGUUUUGGCUCUCGUGCAGAGGGAGUUGAGUCAGUAUAUUGUGGCGAUGGAGCAGGGAAAAUUCAGGGAUGGAGUGAGGCAUCUGCUGGCGAUAUCCAAGCAUGGGAAUCAGUACAUGCAGUCGCAGCAGCCCUGGGUUUUGAUUAAAGAGAAGGGGAAGGACCGAGUGAGGGCUGCAGGAACGGUUAUCGGGGUUUGUUGUAAUAUCAGUUGUCUUCUGUCGGCGCUGCUGGGGCCCUUCAUGCCGGAGACCUCGCGGGAGCUCAGAAAGCAAUUGGGCCUUGAUGGAAGCACCUAUGGCUACAUUCCCGAUACGGUUUCCAUUCUCCUGCCAACGGGGCAUCAGCUGGGGGAGGCCUCACCGUUGUUCAGUAAGAUUGAGGAGUCGGUGGUGGAGGAGUUGAGGAAAAAGUACGCCGGCAAGCAGGAGAAUGGCAACAAUGGGACAAGGGCUGGUGAGAGUGUCGAGGAGCUGCAGGCGCUAAUUGCUGCCCAGGGGGUGAAGGUCAGGGAACUCAAGGCCAAGACCGACAAGAGUGUCUGGCAACCGGAGGUCCAGAUUCUACUGCAGCUGAAGGGAAAAUUAGCGAAGAUGACGGAGUCUUCGGAGGGGACUGUUAAUACAGCGACUAUUGGGGUCGAGAAACAGGUCAAUGGACCCACUCAGAAUGGAAAAAAUGAGUAUGAUAUUGCUGCCUUGGAGGCUGCCAUUGCUAGACAGGCACUGUUCGUACGAGAUCUCAAAGCCAGCGCCGACAGAAGUGUGUGGCAGCCCGAAGUGAACACUCUCCUAAAAUUGAAGAAAGAACUGAGUGAUGCGACUGGUGUGAUAACACCAAAUCCGGGUGACAAGAAGUCAAAGAAGAAGAAGUAGAUUAAAUUAUUAUUAAUGGUUUGUCUUGCUCAUAAAUGAGCCGCGCAGCAUUGUUGUUUCGGCGCAAUGUGACCGGUUGACCCCCGGCACUCCCACACGUUCAAGUGUGAAAAUCACGUAAACAAUAAACAAAUGAAUUUUUUUUUAAAGUGAAUCAAUGAAUUCUCAAAAUGCUGUUGAAACAUUUAUACCUUCUUCACAGUAUUAAAUAAGCCCUGCACUGAAAAUAAAAUAAUGUUAUUUAUUCUGUAUUUACACAGGAAAUAUUAAAGUUUUUUUUAAUCAUUGAAAUUAAUGAGAGAUAUGUAGUUGUUGGAAUUAUUAAUCGAAUAGAUGUAUAAAUAGGAAGAUAAUUCGACAGUGACUAGCAUGAGAAUGUUUUUUUUUUCUAAUAAUAACGAAUUUCGUUUCACUCGAGGGCGAAUGGAGGCGACUGAUGGGUCGUCAAGUAAAAUUUCCCACGCAAUCUGAAAGUAGAAUAAAUAAAGAUGAUGCCUAUCUGUA